AGAAAAUUUUAAUGAAGAAGAACUUGAAACUAUAAUUAAUAAAAUAUCAGAAAAUUUAGUUGAAGAUGAUAAUCUUUUUGAUGAGAAUAAAAAUAAAGAUGAAAAUGAAAAUGAAGAUAAAAAUAAAGAUAAUAGUUUUGAUUUAGAUAAUAAAAAAGAUGAAACUAAUCUUAAUUAUUUAUUUAUAGCAGAAUUAAUAGAUUUGAAUUUUUAUAAUAAUAAUGAAACUAAAACUGAUUUAUUUUCAAAUCAAUAA